CCCUGAUGCUGCCCCUGUCACAGUGCGCAAAUGCGCAUCCAACAGCAGCACGGACCUCCGGUGGACAGCGACAAAACAAACACCAGCAGGCUGGGCAACGACACGUUAGGGCGGAAGAGAAAACAGCGCUUCAGGGGAAAGACACAUCCGAAGGGGAACGUCUGUGACACGGCAGAGACCAUGGUGGGCGAACGCCGCAAUGGGAACCUGCUGGUCCAGCUGGGCCCGAGACUGCAGGCGUAUCCAGAGGAGCUGAUCCGCCAGCGCCGCAACCACGAGGGCCAGACGGAGUACCUGAUCCGCUGGUGCCUCGUCACCAUCGACGACGGCUCUAGCUCUGGAGGCGGAGCCAGUGAGGCAGGUGGAACGGGUGGCGGCAGCUCCGGGGUGGACGGCUCCGGUGGCUCCACGUCAGGAGAGAGCAAACCGGAGAACAUCCUGAUGUGGAUGUCAACGGAGGACGUGUACGCCAACUGCCCCACCCUGCUGGGGAAGAGGAAGACGGACUCACAGCGGCCCCUGCAGCAGGAGGCGCAGCGGGGCGAGUCAUCAGAUGGAGGUCAGAGGAGCGGCGCUGAGUUUCCGGCAGACGUCACAUUCGACGAGGUGGAGCUGUCAGACAUGAAGGAGGAUGUGAAGAACCUGGUACGGCGAGCCAGGAAGCAGAUGGCCAAGAAGAGCGACUUCUCCAUCAGCAUCACGCACACCAUCCAUGUGCUGAGCGCCUACGCCAGCAUCGGCUCACUGGUCGGCGUCUUCAAGGAGACGGGCGCCCUCAACCUGCUGAUGGAGCUGCUGUGUAACAAGGAGACGCAGACGAGACGCAGCGCCGGGAAGAUGCUGCGAGCGCUCGCCUCACAUGAUGCAGGAAGUCGUGCGUAUGUCCUGCUGUCCCUCAGUCAGCAGGACGGCAUCGAGCAGCACAUGGACUUUGAUAACCGCUACACUCUGCUGGAGCUGUUUGCUGAGACCACGUCGUCAGAGGAGCACGGCAUCUCCUUCGAGGGGAUUCACCUGCCGCAGAUUCCUGGGAAGCUGCUCUUCUCUCUGGUGAAGCGUUACCUGUGUGUGACGUCACUAAUGGACAAACUUAACACGGCGGGGGCGGAGUCUAACUCUGACAGACAGGACGCCAGCCCCUCCCCCGCCUCCUCCUCCAGCGCCGCCCACCAGGCAGAGCACCUCCGCGUCCAGCGAGAGUUCGACUUCACCAUGGCCAUGGCCAACCUCAUCUCGGAGCUGGUCCGUGUGAUGGGCUGGGACCGCAACCGCCAGCCUCCCGACGGCUCUGCCCACCAUCCUGGUGGGGGCGGGGCUUGUGGGGAGGAGCUGGGGGAGGAGGCAUCCCGCCCCGUCCUCAGAUCCAUCUUCCAGCCCCGUUUCUGCGCCUCCCCUGUCAUCCUCACCGCCACCUCUGCUGUAGCUGCUCCCGCCGCCGCCACGCCGCCAAAAAAGAAGACAGGAAACGGAUAUAAAACGCGCUCUGACUUCGCCAGCCGCUCGGCCUACGUGGAGUACGUCCAGGACAACCUGAAGAGCGGCAUGAUGGUCCGCAUGCUGGAGGACUACGAGGAGGUGAGCUCCGGAGACGAGGGAGAGUUCCGCUACAGCAACGAUGGCUCGCCACCUGUUCAGGUGUACUGGAACUCCCUGUCCAGGACGUACUGGGUCCACUGGCACAUGGUGGAGAUCCUGGGCAGCGGCAGCAGCAGUCAGGCUGAGAAGGAGACGCAGGAGAAGGCCUCCACCCUGACGGAGACUCUCAAACUCACCGCGGUGAGUCAGACGUUCUUCUCCAAGCCGCCCGGAGGGCUGUACUCUCUGCCCUACCUGUCGGAGGGUCUGCAGAGGGAGCCGCUGGCCCUGAGCCGGGCCGAGUGGUGGGAGAUCCUCUUCUUCAUCAAGAAGCUGGAGCUCAAGCAGCAACAGGAAGUCAACAGCAUCCUGCUGCAGAGCCUGGAUGACCAGGAGACGGAGUUGGACGACUUGUCUCUGAUCGGUCUGUCUGUCCCCGGAGACGUGGCGAAGAAGCUGCUUCACUACCUGAAGCAGAAGCUGCCGUCGUCGUGUCUCAGUGACCUGCUGUGUUCACACACCUUCUGCAAACACUACCUGAGGAGAGGAGGAGGAAGUCUGGAGGACGAAGAGCUGCUGGCUGAAGGCUCUCUGGGUUCGUCCAACUUGGCAGGAGGAGGGGGAGGAGGAGGAGGAGGGGGAGGAGGAGGAGGGGGACCAAACUCCUCCUCUUCAUCGUCAGCCUUGGCCUCCUCUUCCUCAGCGUUGGGCUCCGUCUCUAAGAAGGCAAAGAAGGAACUUCCUCCUGACUCAGGCUGUGGCAGCCCGGAGACGGAGAACGAGCUGCCGUCAGAGGACGACAGCAAAUACCCCGAAGACCUGGAGGACAAGAUGAAAGUGUUCAACAACCCGCGGGUCCAGGGGAAGAAGACGGUGCUGGAGAAGCUGGGGGAGGUGGUGGACAUCCUGAAGAAGGGCGGGGCGUCUUCAGACCACGCCCAGCAGCUGGCCGCCGUCCUCUUCAUCACCAGGCUGCUGGAGGAGAAGGGAGCACAGGAGAAGAACUCCAUGAGGAGCGACUCGGCUCAGACCAUACGGGACAAGGUGCUGAAGCUGCUGGUGGAGCUGCUGGGCUCGUCCUCCAAAGACCUGGUGGUCAGCACGCUCAGACUCACACACCUCCUAAUGCUCAAAUACGAGUGGAGGGUUUCCUUUGCCACCGAGGGCGGAGUCAAAGCUGUCCUGUCCUGCAUGCAAGAGUUCUCCGCCAUCACUCACGUCCAGCAGCUGGCGCUCGCAACUCUGAAGGUCAUCACCGGAGCCAGUAAACACGACCUGCGCAGUGUCGGCAGCAGCCUCCCGCUGUCUGAGUCUGGCACUCAGAUGAUGUUGGAGAUCUUCGCCAGCAUUGGCUCGGCCACGCCCGAAGGCUCCAAGGGCCUGUUGGGAGCUAUCCCCGCUGCCGUUGACCUCAUGCUGCAGACUAAAGGCUGCAUGCUGUCGGUGAGAAACGGCCUGCUGGUCAUCAUCAUGCUCAUCUCCAACCACAAGAGCCUGGCAGAGCAGCUGGUGGCCGCCGACGUCACCGCCGUCCUCAAGAAGUGUCUGACUCUGUCCAGAGCUGAGACCAUGCUCGCCAUCAUCGCCCUCAACCACAUCUCCAUGGUGCACAAGCUGGAGAGCAAAGAGAGUCGUGAGCAGCUGGACCUGAAGGACACGGAGCUGCAGAUGUUGGUGGUGAGUCUGAAGGAGCUGACAGCCACUAAGGAGGUGAUCCAGACUCUGGAGCAGCUGCUGUGUGACGACACCUCUCAGCUGGAGGACCAGCGCAGUCAGGUGACCCACAGUCGAGACACGUAUCAAGACCUGGUUCGUCUGAUGGAGCAGCAUCGAGCAGACCGGGCCGUCCAGCUCUCCAUCCUCAGGAUCCUGAACAAGUUCCUUGAUAACUACCAGGAGGACAUGCUGCCAUGGCACGAGAGCAUCGAGCCCUGCCUGUCCUCCAUGACGGCCUUCAUCAACGACAGAGAGGUGGUCCAGCUGUUCAUCCGCUUCCUGUACCGCCUGGCAUCCCUGAACAAAGACUACGCGGUGGUGAUGUGUCGCCUGGGGACCAAAGAGGCUCUGGUGAAAGCUCUGGACAAACACAGCACCAACCUGCUGCUGGUCACCGAGCUGCGUGACCUCAUCACUGACUGUGAGAAGUACGCCAGCCUCUACAAGAAGAUGACCACAAGUGUCCUCGCAGGAUGUAUCCAGAUGGUGUUGGGUCAGAUUGAGGAGCAUCGUCGUAGCCAUCAGCCAAUCAACAUCCCCUUCUUCGACGUGUUCCUCAGGAAUCUCUGCCAAGGCUCCAGUGUGGAGCUGAAGGAGGACAAAUGCUGGGAGAAGGUGGAGGUCUCCUCCAAUCACCAUCGAGCGAACAAGCUGACCGACAAGAACCCCAAAACCUACUGGGAGUCCAACGGCUGCACUGGCUCACACUUCAUCAACAUCUACAUGCACAAAGGAGUCAUCAUCAGACAACUGGCCAUCCAGGUGGCCAGCGAGGACUCGAGCUACAUGCCGGCCCGAGUCUUGGUCCUGGGAGGAGACGACCCGACCAACAUCAACACUGAACUGAAUACGGUGAAUGUUACUCCUUCAGCCAGUCGGGUGGUUCUGCUGGAGAACAUGACCAGGUUCUGGUCCAUCAUCCAGAUCAGGGUCAAGAGAUGUCAGCAGGGAGGUAUCGACACUCGGGUCCACGGUUUCGAGGUUCUGGGUCCGAAGCCAACGUUUUGGCCGGUGUUUAAGGAGCAACUGUGUUGUCGGACCUACCUGUUCUACAGCACCAAGGCUCACACCUGGUGUCAGGAGGUGAUGGAGGACAAGACACAGCUGCUGCAGCUCUUCAACAAGAUCUGCUCCCUCUGUGUUUACCCAGAAUCCUCUGCAUCCAGCCCUCUGGCCUGGCUGCUCAGUGAGUACCUGGACAACGCUGAGUCAGCACGCCGCUGUAAAAGCCGGGCGGCCAUCUUUAACUCCAGAGUGAGACGCCUCACACACCUGCUGGUCCACGUGGACACCAGCCGACCGGACGGCGAGGAACUCAAACCGCCCGUCAAAUCAAAAGGUCUCAACCGAAGCAAAGAGCUGAAGAACGGGAAGGAGGGUAAAAACAAAGACACCGCUGCCGCCUCUUCGUCGUCAUCCUCCUCCUCAGCCAAGCCUAAAGUGAAGAGCAGCAGCAGCAUUGCAGGCAUCGCCCUCUGUUGGCAGGGAGUGGUACAGCGACAGGUGAAGAAGUUUUUGGAGUCAAGCUGCAGUCUGCCGGACUUUGUGGAGCGUUACCGGACUCUGUACCUGCGGCUGAAGAAUGCCAUGGAGGAGCUGUUCGGACAGCAGACCGCCUUUGUCCUCGCCCUCCGACAGGGCUUCUCUGCCGCCCUGCUGCAGCUCUCCAUCCUCAAGACCAUGCACGUGAGCGAGCGCUUCGCUCAGUACAUCGACCAGAUGAUCCAGACGAGCGGAGCGGCGUCCAGCAGCGUGGAGACUCUGGAGCGGCUGCAGCAGUUUCUGGAGCCGAUGCUCUUCCUAUCGGGCCUGGAGCUUGCCAACACCUUCGAACACUUUUACAGGUACUACCUGGGCGACCGGCUGCUGGCUCAGGGUAACGUGUGGUUGGAGAGCGCUGUCAUCGAUCAGAUCGGCAGCUGCUUCCCGAGUCGCUUCCCUCAGCAGAUGUUGAAGAACCUGAGUGAGUCCGCCGAGCUGCAGCAGGAGUUCCACCUGUACCGCCUGCAGCAGCUGGACCGAUGCCUGCAAGAGCACGACCAGAUGAUGGAGGAGGAGUGGGCGGAGUCAGAGGAGGAGGCGGAGGUUCAGGUUCUGGUUCUGUCUCCACGCUGCUGGCCCGUGUCCUCACUCUGCUUCCUGGACGAACCCACAAAACAUUUUCCAUCUGAACUCUGCUCCUACCUGAACCAGUUCACCCAGUUCUACACCCACAGUCAGUCCAUGUACGGUCUGAGUCACUCGAAGCCGCGGCGGCUGCAGUGGACGUGGCUCGGUCACGCUGAGCUGCAGCUCGGCUGUUGGACGCUUCACGUGUCGACGCUGCAGAUGUUCAUCCUGCUGCACUUCAACACGCAGCAGGAGGUUCCAGUGGACGCUCUGCUGCAGGCGACGGGCCUGUCAGCCGCCUUCGUGCUGCACGCUCUGCUGCCGCUCAUCAGCGAGGACGGACCGCUGACUUGCAGCCGGCCGGAGGAGCCCAGCCAGGGUGUGUUACAGCUGAACCAGCAGGUGGUGUCCCGCAGUCAGGACGGCGUCGCCAUGUCCCUCCAGCUGCUGCCCAGACAGACGUACCUGAACGUGGACGAGGACGCGGCGGGUACGCUGGAGAGGAAGAGGAACUACAUCUACUGUCUGAUCGUCCACAUCAUGAAGCAGGAGAAGGAGAUGCACAUUGACAACCUCGUCUUCAAGGUUCUGGACUCGUGUCAGAAACAGGAAUCGUCACGCUCUCCGGGCGCCGGGCGGUUCAGCUGCAGCACCAGCGACGUGCUCUCCUGCAUCAUGCACGUCAUCAGUAAAGGCUGCGUCCGACGCAACGAGGACAACCCGCACAUCGUGGAGUUCCUGCCGGAGGACCCGUCCACGCCGCAGAAAGGACAGGCCCAGUUCUCCUUCAGCCGGACCGAGGUCAGGAAGGACGCGGCGGACUGCAGGGCCGACAUCAGUCUGAUGUCGGCACCGCGGCGGUUCGAGGACGGAGUUCUGGACGCGGUCCUGUUCUCGAUGGGUCGGACGAUGACGCAGGAAGAAGUUCGUCAGCUGAUGCAGAGGACGGUCCAACAGUCUGUGUCACAGUCGUGCUGGCAGGAGUACCUGACGGCGAGGAUUGAACAGAACCUGGUGAUGAACUGUAACUGUCCAAUCACAGACUGCCAGGCUCAGCCCACCUCACACUUCUUCCUCAGCAUCCUAACCGACAAGGACACCAUCGCCAAGUAUGAGAACGCCCUGCUCCGUGGUUAUGUGGAGUGCUGCUCUAAUCUGACGUGGUGCACCAACCCUCAGGGCUGUGAUCAGAUCCUCUGUAAGGAGAACAUGGGCAGUAUGGGCACCUGCUCCAAGUGCUGCUGGUCCUCCUGCUUCAGCUGCAACUUCCCAGAGGCCCAUUACCCAGCCAGCUGCAGCCACAUGUCUCAGUGGAUGGAUGACGGAGGAUAUUAUGAAGGGAUGAACAUGGAGGCUCAGAGCAAACACCUCGCCAAGCUCAUCUCCAAACGCUGCCCGAGCUGCCAGGCUCAGAUCGAGAAGAACGAAGGCUGUCUGCAUAUGACCUGUGCCAAGUGUAACCACGGCUUCUGCUGGCGGUGUCUGAAACCAUGGAAACCGACACACAAAGAUUACUACAACUGCUCCGCCAUGGUGAGUAAAGCAGCGCGACAGGAAAAGAAGUUUCAGGAUUAUAAUGAGCGAUGCACCUUCCACCACCAGGCCAAGGACUUCGCCAUCAACCUGGAGAACAAAGUGUCGUCCAUUAACGAAGCUCUGCAGAUGAAGUCUCUGACCUUCGUCAUCGACGCCUGUAAGGUCCUCGCUCAGGCUCGUAAGGUGCUGGCGUACUCCUGCGUCUACAGCUACUACAACCAGGAGACGGAGAAGAUGGAUGUGAUGGAGCAGCAGACGGAGGCUUUGGACCUGCACACCAAUGCCCUGCAGAUCCUGCUGGAGGAGACACUGCUGCAGUGCACUGACUUGGCCUCGUGUGUCCGCCUGCUCAAACCAGAACACCUCACCACCGGACUGGAACUGAUCCGACGCAUCCAGGAGCGCCUGCUGGCCAUCCUGCAGCACUCCACCCAGGACUUCAGGGUUGGUUACCAGUCAAAGAGCAGUCAGGAACCAGAAUCCACUCAGAGCUCCAACCUGUCCAACAACACCGACGCCGCCAACAAAGUAUCGAAGUCGGACCGAGCGUCGGACUCCGGAGACUCUGACAACAAUAACUACGCAGGUGAGGAGGGCGGUGAGGAGGCGGAGGACGAGGACGACGAGUACGAUGAAGAGUAUGUCCCCGAGUGGCAUGAGGACUACGACGAGGACGACAUCGACGAAGAUGACUUCUUCUCCGACGACGACGAGUCAGAGAACCUGGAGAGGGACUUCAGCCCCUUCGACUGAGCUGGACUGAAACCCAGAGAGUCCAGGGACGAGAGAGAGGGCGAGGCGGGCCCCGCCACGGCCCCGCCCCCUCACCUGAGGACACCAGGAGGGACUGGAGACGAUCAGAGGGAUGUCCUUCUUCACCUGAACUCCCCUCCCCCCCACCCCCGCCCGCCUGUCCCAAACACAGCUGCACUCGCUUUUCCACUUCCUGUAUUUCACCUUCUUUGUUUUCAUCAAGGCAAGACGACGAGGGACAAAUUAGUUCUGAGGUUAAUAUUUAAAUUCUGACACAAGAAAAAAGAGAUGACUUCAAAAAGAGAAAAAAAAAAAUCUGAGUUUAGUUUUUAAAUUCUGACGUCAAAGUUACUGCGACUUGUGUUUGUGUUUAAACACACAGUGUGACACUUGGUUAAAACCAAUCUGAACUAGUUUAAUCGUUAGUUUGAACCAGUAUUUUUACUGGGGAUCCAGAGCACUGAUUUUGAUUUCAGAGUUUUUAUUUCUGUGUCAGCUGAGUUAGAAACAUUUAAAGAUCCAGAUUUAGUUUGAGAGACUCUGAUUUCAUGAUUUCCUGAUUUGAAACCUCAGAACUGGAUUGUCCUCGCCCUGUCUCCGCAGUGACCCCGCCGGGCUCUGGAGCUGAUCCUGGAUCAGCUGGACAUGUUUGUUUCCUGCUGCUUGUUUCAGAGGGUGGUGUUAGUCACGUUCUGCCUUGAGUUCUCUCUCUGACGGACGCUGCCUUCAUUCGACAGUAAAGAAACUCUUCACUUUAGAUUUACUCACAUUAAGUUGUAUUUUUUACAUGUUUGUAGAGCUGGAUGUUUCUAUGCAUCUGAAGAGUCUGAGCGGAGCGUCUGUAGGAGUAUCACUGCAAUAACCCAUCGACCGAUCGAUCGAUUGAUUGAUUGAUGAUUAUUAUUGGCUCACUGUUGCGUCAUUUGCUGAGCAAAGACUCCGUCGGCUGCUCUGUUUCCUGUCGUUAGGGCGAGAGCGGAGGACAUCUGAUGUCCAGCUCCCCGUUCUGCUGUAAUUUUGAGAGCUCCUAUAUUCAUAUUGUUGUCUCUGGUUCCUUCGUUGGAGUCGAGCGACUUCAGCCAGCAACUAAAUAAAAGCUUUUUCUGCUAUGCUGCA